AUGUUGAAGGGUUAUAAUCUACCUUUUGUGCUCCUCACGGGCCUUUCCACCUUGUUCUCCUCUUGCGAUGCUGCAGGUCGAAACACAAGUCUUGCCGAAGACCUUACUGGGUUUGGGAAUAAUCUCACCACUAUUAACAUUGAAUAUCAGGUUUGGGCCGGAUGCGGGCCUCCAGAAAACCUGACAACAGUUCGCCGUCGCGUUGCGUAUGUAGUCGUCAACGGACUGGCUGUUAUUGACGGUGACGUUGUGUACGGAACAGAGGGUGACAUCCUCGCGGAUCGAGUCGCAGAUUCUCUCACCAAGCGCUCUCUGUCUAAUCGCGCUCCCGGUGGGAGAUGGCCCAACGCAAUCGUCCCUUACUCGUGGAGCGAUGAAGAUGUAUCGUCAUGGUUGUCGGAUGCUGACAAGAGCUCAAGAAUGAAGCUCUUCGAAGAGGCGGCCAAGGUAUGGAUGGAUCGUUUGCCUUGGCUGCAUAUCAUUCAUAUAACGACCCCAUAUGACCCCAGAGCAACCACGCCGGCUGGCCGCAUUACCGUGCAGUUUGUUAAGGGCGGAACAUCAUCGUCACCGUUGGGCCGAGCAGAGCGGCAGGACUGGAGUUACAUCUCGCUUGGAGAACCCUAUUUAAGCACGUACGUUCAUGAGAUAGGACACACACUCGGCCUUCAACACGAACACAAGCGACCUGAUCGAGAUCAGUACUUCAAUCUUGAUUGUUCGGCGCUUAUGGAUGAUGAGAAAGGGGUGGCUCCUGUCUGCACCUCAGAAGACAAGUGCCAAGGAUGGGGCUGUCAGUUCACGGCGCUGGUAGACCCGUUGGUCUACAAUUUCGAAGGACCGUACGACACAAGCUCUGUCAUGCACUACUUUGAGCGCAGCGCCGCAAAGGACUUUUCAUCUCAGCCUCUGACCGGCAUCAAACCCGGUGUCAGGGUCGGUCGAACGUCUCGGCCGACGCUCAUGGACCUGCUGCGUGUAUGUAACAUGUACCAGCUCCAGUGCGCGGGCCGUGGAAUCUGCGGUGACGGUAUCCUGUCUCCAGCCAACGGCGAGGAGUGCGAUCCUGGUUGUGGAACAAGCGAUACUUGCACCGAAGACUGCAAGCUGAAGCCCGUUUGCGGAAACAGGGUCGUCGAGGCUGGUGAGGAAUGCGAUGAUGGACCAGCGGGUAGCGCAACAUGCACAACGAGCUGCAAAAAGAAGCCUGUUUGUGGUAACGGCCUCGUGGAAGAUGGCGAAGAAUGUGAUGAUGGGGCUUCCGGAAGUACCACGUGUACUAAGGACUGCAAGAAGAUCACAUGCAUCGAGACAUGUGACCCAGAUCCAAGGUUUAACAAAUGCGACAUUACCACUAGCUGCAUCAAGGUUGAGGGUGGCUCUGCUGCCAGCGCUGGCAAACAUUACUGUGCUUGUCAAGGAGGAUUCCGUGCACCGUUGGGUCAGCCACAGAUGAGGCUACCUUGGUUUAAGCCCAUCUCUCAGGAGGGCCGUGUAUUUGUAGAACCAGGCCAGGCAUGCAACAUCCUCUGCAAUGCAUAUACACUGGGGAAGGAUGGGUGCAAGGAGGUCGCUGAGCAGGCCGUAUGCUACUAG